AACAUAAAAGGUAACAAAAGGCAAGCGAAAUAAAAAAAAAUCGCAAGGAUGCCUUCCAUUCGCGCGAACACAAAUACGUGCCCUCCUUGCCUGCAAGCGAAGGCAUAAAAUCCGAAUGGCGCCAAGAGGAUUAUUGCUCAUGCGCGCAGUGCUCACCUCGCACAAGGGGGUACUCACGGGCGACGCGAAAAAAUGCGUGAACGUGAAUAUGCCCGCGUAGUCGGCAUACCAUUCUGGGCAGCUUUCCAAACUGGGUAAACCGUACGAUCAUAGCUGUGCAUUCCCAACGGUGAUUCCCAAAGCGCGCGUUUUUGAGUAGCACAUACAGAGCAACUUCCAGAAAGCGUACUCCCUUUCAUGCGCGCGAGGGAACUGCGACUGACGCCCGCCGAGCUGAGAAGUUUUAUUCCCCUUUUCGCCGCGCACCCACGUGGGUACAAAAAUAAUACGUACAUAUCAUUUUGGUGGGUCAACCCGCUUGGGAAGAAUCAGCUGUGACGCUAGCAACAGGAGUGGUCCACACGCCUGGGCGCGCCUCCCUUUUAUUUUCUUUCCCCUAACUUCGGACGCGUCCCACGCGUCGCCUCGAACUGAAGGCAGGCAGCACAGACGUACACACAUACGCGCAGACGUACGCAUAUACUCACACAUACUUACCCGUGCGUGACACACGAUGGAGGAAGAGGGGAGCAUAAAGAUAAAAAUCAAAAGCAUCGACAAUGAGGAGUUCGAGCUGGCCGUGAAAGGAGAGACCAGCGCGGAGGAAAUAAAGAACACCAUUGCGGAGAGGAAGAGCGUAGACAAGCAGGACAUCCGGCUGAUCUACCAAGGGCAGUGCCUAGCCAACGAGAAAAGCGUUGCUGAUUAUAACAUACAGAAUGAGCAUAUCAUCCAUUUGGUGGUGAGGAAAAAGGAAAACCCUGCCGGCCCGAAUGACGAAAAUGGGAGCGCCGCAAACGCCUCCAACACCGCCAACGCCGCAAACACGGCCAACACCGCCACCGCCAGUGCAAACAUGUUUCGGAGCAACGACGGGAGCGUGAUGGGGGACCCCCUGCAUAUAAACUUCAGCUCGAACGUCCACCUGAACAGCAGCAGUGGGAACAUCCCCAAUGGAGGCACCGCCUCUAACAUGCCCAAUGGUAGCGCCAACCCUAACGCGGGGUCCUCGACCACUCCUCUGUACUUCACGCACAUGAGACUAACGCGGAACGACAACAUGGAUGGGGACCUCAUGGGCCAGACGAACAUCUGCUCCCUGCUGAAUGAUAUAAUGAGUCAGGUGAAUAUUAACCCGAAUUUUAUUUAUGGGGCGGCGACGGCGGCUGCCACUGCGGCUGCGAAUGGGAAUGCCGCGGGGGUGGGAGGCGGUCUCGGAAGCGGCAUGGGGAGCGGUCUAGGAGGUGGCCUCGGAAGUGGCCUUGGAAGCGGCAUGGGGAACGGCGAAAACAUCUUCACCGCGGCGAUGAGGACCACCGGGAUAAACCUCAACUCGAGUGAAUUCGCCGCGCCCAGCUACGCGAACGGGGCGCAUGAUCAGAAGAGCGAGCCGGCGAACAUGAACACGAACGUGAAUGCUAACGUGAAUGCUAACUCCAACGCGGGGGCGGGGGGGAAGAGCCAUAACGGCCACAACGAACCAGACGGUAAAACGCAAAGGCAAAGGGGCACCAAAGGAGGAGAUGGUGGUGGACAGGGCCACGCGGGAGAGAGCAAAAGCGAAUCCUCAUCGGAUGUUAGCAACGCAAAUGACAAAGGAAACGAUGCAGAUUGCACAAAGGAGCAACAGAAAAAAAUGAAGAAAUUAAAAAAGAAGAGAAAGAAUAACAACAAAGAUAUGAAGGUAUCGAAUAAGCUCAAAAAAAAUGGGAAAUACCAUUUUGGUCUUUCAAGUAAGGAUGACAGCUCCAGUAGCAGCCACUCCGGUAGCAGCCACUCCGGCAGCAGCCACUCCGGGUCGUCCCUCCUGUCAGCUGACACCACCAUGAAGGGCGAGGAGGAAAGGAAAAAGGCACUUAAGCUGAAGAAGCACAGCAAAAAAAAGAAACUCAAAAGUAAACACAAGAAGAAGAAAAGCUACGAUUCGAGUAGCUCCUCCUCCGGGUCCGAGGAAGAUCAGCAUGCGGGUGAAGAGGCGGAGGAGGAGGACGAGGACGACUAUGACGAUGACGAGCUAUCCAAGAAGGAGAAAAAGCACCGAAAGAAAGAGAAGAAAAAGAAAAAGAAAAAAAAGAAAAAGUACCUUUUCGACCCCAAUUUUUUGUACCACCAGAAUUAUAUGUACCACCCGAACAGCAUUAGCCACGCGAGGAUAAAUAAUCACUUCAACCAUAUUUUCAGGGGAAGAAACGACUUGAGGUUGGCUGCGGCGUACCCACCGUUUGUGCUGGACCACGGGGGGAGACCCUCUGUGGGUGGCCCGUUCUACAGAGAAAGCAGGAACAGCCUCAAGUACGGCAGGGACGAGCUGAGCGAGACGAACGAAAACGCGAACGGCACGAGCAACCACAACAUGGCGGAUGAGUUGGGCAAGCAGAAGGAGCGGAGGAAGAAGGCGCACAGCAGCAGCAAGGCUCUGUUCGGGGGCGCCGGCGCGCAGGACAAUUUGGCGGACCUGCCGGGCGGCACAGGCGGACCCAUGGACGAGCACAGCUACCCACCCCGGGGCGCGUACGCGAACAUAGUGCCCCUGAGCGACACGGAGAGGAACAACGAGCUGGUGCGCAACGACUCCGUGCGAACGAACUCGAGAGUGGCCCUCAACGAAGAAGAGGGCGGCGCGCUCCUCUCAGACAACAACUCCCUAUCGGCGAACAUGCGAUCGAUCCAAAUGUCUAGUGACAGAAGAAAUAGUGCACUAGGGAGAAGCGACCUGAAAUGUUUAAACGACGCAAAUGACUCGGAGCACAAAAACAUGGAGGUGAACAUCCCAUGGAGAGUAAUAGAGCAACUGCUAGUCCUCCUAGAAGAAGAAACAGGAUACCGAAGACCCGACCUCUCCUCCUACAUCAAUUCCUACCAUAACACGAAUUCAAUUUUUGUAUUCUUUUACCUCUUUGUGCACAUAAAUAAUAUCAUUAACAAUAUAAUCAUUCAAUUUAACCACUCGAAUUUUAUGAACAAUGACAUUUCAAUGUCUUCCUUCUCCAGGAUAAGCAUCAUUCUGUCCCUCGCGUCGGUCGUUUUCUCCCGUCUCUCCAAUUUCUUCUUCGUCUUCUACGACAACGUUUAUUGCAACAACUAUGGGAGACACUACAGGUACUCAGAUCCCAUCAACCAUGCGUUCUUUAGGGAGCUACGAAAUUUAUAUUAUUCCAAUCACGGGAGGAAUGCCCACUCGAGUAGAAGCAGUAGGUUUUACCAAAAUGAUGUCUUCCCGAAUGGCAACUAUGGGCAUGGAAACGUGGGUGCCUUUCCCCAUGACCCCUCAUCUUACCUGCACAACGUCACCGAUGGGUAUUACCCCCUGCCGUAUAACGACUUGAGGAAUCAUGCGAAUAGGACGAACCUGCAGCAGGAAUUUGAAGACUACUACAAAAACUACCUUAACACUGUUAAGGGGAAUAAGAACAUGCUGUUGAGGAAGGAAUUUGCCGGCCAUAAGGACAGGAGCAACAAUGGGGAAUGCCCUCAAGGGAAGGAAGACGGUGUGAGUAGCAACCGAGUAGGCAAAGGAGACAAACUAGGCAAUCCAAGUGCACAGGGAGAGAAAAGAAUGAGUAGCAGGUUUAGGCAAGCUGGGCAGUGGAAUGGUACCGCCAAUAACGCCUCCAACCAUUUGAACAACGGCGCGAACGGCCAUUGCAACAACCCCUUUUCGAAUUUCCCCGGACAGGCUAACAAGUCGCUGCUCUACCCCGGCCUUAAGAAAAGGAGCGAUGAGAAGGAGGCAGAAAAAAAAGGCAGGGAUGGUCCCAAGCCCUACCCCGUGAAGGAGGCGCUUAAGGACGGCCACUCCUACAGAGGCUACAGCAGCGGCGACCCCAACGAAAGCAGCAGCAGUGGAGGAGCGGGCGCGGCGGCAGCGGCGGCAGCAGGACUGGGAGCCCCCCUGAACCACUUCUUCAACAACCUGGUUAGAAACAAAAACGAGGAAAGGGAAAACGGGAAAAUGGCCAGCAACGGAAGUCCCCCCAAAAGUGAACAGCACGAAGAUGAAGCAAAAGGGGAUGCCCCAAACGCCACCAACAGUAACUUCGCCUCCUGUGAUAGUAACAUGGACGAUAUGUACGACGUGUCUGACGAUGGAAAGGAGAGGGAGGCCCUCAACAUGAAGGAUCAUCACCCUAAGGGGGAAGAUAAAGAUGGCAAAUAUGCCGAUAAAGGGAAAGGCACACAUCCGGGUAGCAUCCCUCAGAAGGAAAAACCAACGGACAAGCAUACCACUCCACAGGGCGAAAAGUCGCCACAACAGAUUGUGCCACAAGGCGGUGAUAUAAAGAACGCGGCCAGCAGCAGAACGGAUAGCUCCUCCGUCACGGACAUUAGGAGGCCCCCACCUUUGAACAGCGCCCCCCCCAUGCCCAACAUGAACUUUUCGAACAUUUUAAAUUGUGUGCAGAAUCAAAUGGCCGGGGGAGGAGGUGUCGGCAUGCAGACGGAGCCCCCUCGCGAUAAGUUUGAAGGAAUGCCCGAGGAAGUGAAGACCAGAUAUAAAACGUGGGUGGAGAAUACGCAGAUCUUCUCCGGACAGAUGAUCAAAAUUUGCAGAAACAGGCGCCCGUUGAGCAACGCAUACAUUGGCGACGGCUCGUCCAAAGAUGAAAUCUCUUUCAGCAAUUUGCUGCCAUUCCUCUGGAAAAGGAACAUGAGCACCAUAAACUUGGACGUGAACCUGGAAAUAUCGGACGACCUGAUAAACGCCUUCGACAUGCACGUGCUCGAGUUUGUAAAGAAGUCCAUCAAAAAUAACGAAGACUAUAAGUUGGAAAAAUUUAAAUAUCCGACCCUCUCCCUGUGCGAAGAACUGUUUGACGAAAUGGAAAAAAAGGAUAAGUAAAUCGAACUGGCAUAAAACGGAAAUGAGUUCCACCCCCUUGCAUUUCGCAAAUUUGUGUUUACCUACAUGAGUUUUAAAUUUUUUCUUUUCUUUUUUCUUUUUCCCUUUUUCCUUUUUCUUUUUUUUUUCUCCCCCGUUUUUACACGCGCAUCAAACGUACGUACGAUUUACACGAUGCUGCAAACUCGGCCGAUGAUGCACAGCUUAGCGAACUUAAACUCCAAAAAGAUUUUUUUUUUUU